AUUGGCCCGUAGUAACGGCUCUGUGAUUGGCUGAGACUCGAGCUUGUAGUUACAGGAAGAACUGGCUGUCAGACGCGGUGCAUUCUGGGAGGAAAGCAUGGCAGCUUCAAGGGGAUUCAGGGAUUUGUGAGAGUGUAGAGGAAACCUGCUUCUUCCAAUGUAACUAUAACAUUAUAAUCUAACUAUCUCAUAAUACAAUAUACCAUUAUAAUCUAAUUAUCUCAUAACAUUAUAAUCUAACUAUCUAAUAAUAGAACAUUAUAUUAUUAUAAUCUAUCUGAUAAUAUAACAUUAUAAUCUAAUUAUUUUAUAAUAUAAUAUAACAUUAUAAUCCAACUAUCUCAUAAUAUAACAUUAUAAUCUAAUUAUCUCAUAAUAUAACAUUAUCUAAUAAUAUAAUAUAACAUUAUAAUCUAUCUCAUAAUAUAACAUUAUCUAAUAAUAUAAUAUCACAUUAUAGUCUAAUUAUCUAAUAAUAUAACAUUAUAAUCUAUCUCAUAAUAUAACAUUAUAAUCUAACUCUCUCAUAAUACAAUAUAACAUUAUAAUCCAACUAUCUCAUAAUACAAUAUAACAUAAUCUAUCUCAUAAUAUAACAUUAUAAUCUAACUCUCUCAUAAUACAAUAUAACAUUAUAAUCUAUCUCAUAAUAUAACAUUAUAAUCUAUCUCAUAAUAUAACAUUAUAAUCCAACUAUCUCAUAAUAUAACAUUAUAAUCUAAUUAUUUUAUAGUACAAUAUACCAUUAUAAUCUAGUUAUCGCAUAAUACAAUAUUACAUUAUAAUCUAAUUAUUUUAGAAAAACAAAUAUACCGUUAUAAUCCAAUUCUCAUAAUACAAUAUAACACGUGUCAUCUAUUAAACUUAUAAUAUAACAUGUAUAAUCUAUGUAUUUUAUAAUAUAACAUGUAUAAUUGCAUCACAACAUAUAUAAUCUAUUUAUCUUAUAAUAUAACUUCUAAUUAUAUCAUAACAUAUAUCUAUUUAUCUUAUAACAUUUAUCAUCUAAUUAUAUCAUAAUGUAACAUGUAUCAUCUAAUAUCAUAAUGUAACAUGUAUCAUCUAAUAUCAUAAUGUAACAUGUAUCAUCUAAUAUAAUGCAACAUGUAUCAUCUAAUUAUAUCAUAAUGUAACGUAUCAUCUAUUUAUCUUAUAAUAUAACAUCUAAUCAUAUCAUAACAUGUAUCAUCUAUUUCUUAUAAUAUUUAUCAUUCAAUUAUAUCAUAAUGUAGCAUAUAUAAUCUAUUUAUCGUAACAUGUAUCAUCUAAUUACAUCAUAAUAUAAAAUGUAUCAUCUAUUUAUCUUAUACUAGAAGACUCUGAUAACAUAUACCAUGUAUAAUCUAUGUUUCUUAUAAUAUACUAUAAGAUUGAUAUAAUAUAACAAGUAUCAUCUAUUUAUGUUAUACUAUAAGACUCUGGUAUAAUACAACAUUAUAAUCAAUUUAUUUUAUAAUAUAUGCACACUCUGAUAUAAUAAAACAUUAUAAUCUAUUUAUCGUAUCAUAUACUAUAAAUCUGAUAAAAUGUAUCUGUAAUCUAUUUAUUUUAUAUAUGUGGACUCUGAUAUAAUAUGCAAUCUACUUAUCCUGGCGUACACAGACUUUAUAUAUUAUCCUGUGAUAUAUUGAGACUGUGUUGAUAUAAAAUAACAGAUUAAUUUAUACAAGGAGCAUAGGUAAACUUUAAACCCCUUUAAACAUGUUUCCAGAAUGCGUGAACAUUCCAUUGAAUUCUAAAGUAAACAGUACAAGUUUUGAGACACAUACCUCCGGCAUCCAUUCGGUUAAAGGCUAUGGUACAGACAAGUUUAUUUUAACCCCAUAAGGACACAUGACAUGUGUGACAUGUCAUGAUUCCCUUUUAUUCCAGAAGUUUGGUCCUUAAGGGGUUAAAGAUUGGAUGUAUGUAAUUUAAAAUAGCUCAGCUUACCUCCUGUUCAUCCUAGCCUAAUUGAUGUGGCAUAGAGCUCAGUUCUGACAACUGAUUGACGGGGAAGAACAGGAGAACCUUCCUACAAGUGGUUCUUCUACUCCGCUACUGUACAUUCACUGUGGUUGUUACAUGUGUGCCAUGAACUAGUAAUUUUGCACUUUAAUAUAUGCAUGUUUAUAUUGUUUACUUAUAUCCAUUUGGUCUUUCUGCAGAUGUGGGGAGUAAAUAAGCUUUUUAGUGUGGGGCGUUCGUUAUGUUCCCAGUUAUUACCAGCUGCCCGCUCGUUUUCUCUUGGUAAGUUAAGAUCUGGUGAUGAUUACAUUCAUGGUAUCCUACCUAAUGAAGACUGUUAGAUUAUGGACAGCAUAUUGCAGAAUUUCUAAUGACAGAGUGUGAGGGGAGAUUUGGAGUGUUACACUAGUGCUCUCUGGGAUUUGUUUUAGAAUGUGAGAAACUGGAAGAUUGUGAGAACUGCAGUAGACCCACCUCCUUUGUCAGAUGUUAGAGCAGGUCUUUAGUGUUGAGAUCUAGUGUGUGUAUAGGAGUAGUGAAGGUAUGAGUACUGUAAGCUGCUUGAUAGGAUGUGGAAGUAUGAUGUACUUGUCGUGGUGUAAGAGGAGUGCUACAGGGUGGUCAUUUGAUAGGAAGUCUCUGCCCAAGAGGGAUACAUGAAAAUGAUAACUCUAGACUGCCGUAGUAGUGUGUAUGAGUAGAUUCUUGGUGCGAUGUGAGUAUAGUGCCAGCGUGUGAAUGGCUUUGUACAGUAUGGAGUGUGACUAGGUCAUGGACAGAGUGUGCACAUCCUCAUAGCAUAUGUUGGAACUCACUAGAGUGUGAGAGUAGUUUCAGUGGCGUAGUUUGUGUAGUGUGGGAAUGUUAAGUAGUACUGUUCAUGGAGGCAGAUGGGCUUGGUCAGGUAUUUUUUUUGUGCUUUAGUUUAAUUAUCUUUGACUGUUGUCUUGGCUUGUUAGGAGCUUAGAAUGGGGAGAAUAGUGGUGGUGGGUGGUGUGAUAGAUUUAUUAGGAAAUUAGAGCAGCGGUAUGUGGGGAAAGGCACUAUUAUGUGGUGUCAUAUGUAGUCCAGAGGUUGGAGUGGUGUGCGUGUAGUGCUGUUUUAGAGAGCAGGGUAAUUGAAAGAGCUAUAUUGAUAUUUUAGUUCAGACCUGAUGAAUUGUAACUGUGCUUUGUUUUUCAGGACACCGGGAUCUUCUGAAAAAUCAUUUUCGUCCGCAGCUCAAACUAACAGACCGCUGGAACAAUAAGCGGGUUAUGUUUGGAGUUUAUGACAAUAUAGGCAUACUAGGUAAGCUCACUGUCAGUGUUUAUGGUUGAGCUAGGAUAGGAAGUUCUGCCAUGUAACAUUGUCUAAGUGGGUUUUGAAGGCAUGCAGAUACUACUAGGAGUAGAAACCAAAUUCUGAGGGUUUUAAAAGUACAAUAAACAUAACAAGGUAAAUCAUUUUAUUUCAACAUGCAUUCUUUUGAUAGCUUUUGUUUUAAUGUGAUUUUCAUUUCUGAUUUAAAAAAAAUAAUUUUAAGUUGAAGAAAUGGGAGUUGUAGAUUGUACAAAGUAUCAAGAGCAGCAGAUGAGAAAGGCUUUAGUCUGGACCAUGGGUGUCCAACCUUUUAACUUCCCUGGGCCACAUUGAGUGCAGAGGAAUUGUCUUGGGCUACACAUCAAAUAUAUAAUAUAGAUAAUGUGUAUAUAAGUAAUAUAUCUUUAAAAUCCCUAUUCUUAAUUUUGAUAUUUUAAUUGUUUAGUAGAUAACUCCCUUAUUUGUUAUGUUUGUGUGGGAUUGGCAUAUUUGGGGAUAUCAAAUUAGGGAGCUAUUUACUAAACACAUAGCCCAGUCUCCCUUCUACAACCCCCCCCCACACCUUCUACAAAACCCCUGCCACAUCCCCCUUUUAUAAAUCCCCUGCCCCCCCUCUACAAAAUCCCCUGCCCACCCCCUCUACAAUAAACCCCUGCUUACCCCCUCUACAAUACUUUUGCCCACCCCUACAAACCCCCUGCAUCCCCAUUCACAAAACCUCCUUCCCUCCCUCUACAAAGACCCCUGUCCCCCUACAAACCCAUUCAAAAUAAUCCUUCCUCCAUCUCAAGACCCUUGCACAAAAAAAACCCAGCAUUGGUAACCAAUUGAUAUUUUUGGAUUUUAGUUGGUAUCCUGAGAUAGUUAUAAAAACAAUCACAAUCCGAAUUUCACAAAUAUUUUUUUCUGUCGUAAUGCCACUGACAAUCAUUUUAUUUCAACAUGCAUUCUUUUGAUAGCUUUUGUUUUAAUGUGAUUUUCAUUUCUGAUUUAAAAAAAAUAAUUUUAAGUUGAAGAAAUGGGAGUUGUAGAUUGUACAAAGUAUCAAGAGCAGCAGAUGAGAAAGGCUUUAGUCUGGACCAUGGGUGUCCAACCUUUUAACUUCCCUGGGCCACAUUGAGUGCAGAGGAAUUGUCUUGGGCUACACAUCAAAUAUAUAAUAUAGAUAAUGUGUAUAUAAGUAAUAUAUCUUUAAAAUCCCUAUUCUUAAUUUUGAUAUUUUAAUUGUUUAGUAGAUAACUCCCUUAUUUGUUAUGUUUGUGUGGGAUUGGCAUAUUUGGGGAUAUCAAAUUAGGGAGCUAUUUACUAAACACAUAGCCCAGUCUCCCUUCUACAACCCCCCCCCACACCUUCUACAAAACCCCUGCCACAUCCCCCUUUUAUAAAUCCCCUGCCCCCCCUCUACAAAAUCCCCUGCCCACCCCCUCUACAAUAAACCCCUGCUUACCCCCUCUACAAUACUUUUGCCCACCCCUACAAACCCCCUGCAUCCCCAUUCACAAAACCUCCUUCCCUCCCUCUACAAAGACCCCUGUCCCCCUACAAACCCAUUCAAAAUAAUCCUUCCUCCAUCUCAAGACCCUUGCACAAAAAAAACCCAGCAUUGGUAACCAAUUGAUAUUUUUGGAUUUUAGUUGGUAUCCUGAGAUAGUUAUAAAAACAAUCACAAUCCGAAUUUCACAAAUAUUUUUUUCUGUCGUAAUGCCACUGACAUCAGAACAUUUUAUCACGAAAAUAAUCCUAAAUUGGGAUUUUAUUUUUAUUGGCGCUUUACUGGAUAUAAAAAGCUGUAUUUGUUCACAGUAAUACGAGGAAUAGGAUUGACUGAGAUAUCUUCGUAAUCUUUGUUCUCUGUAGGUAAUACAGGGAAUCUGCAAAUGUUAGUAAUACUCUGGGGAAUACUGAUUUAAUUUUGGUAGAUAUAAUGCAAAGUGUGUUUGUUCUUCAUUAUAUAAAGUAGAUUGAGCUUGAUAGUGAGUCUUCGUGCAUUACCCUCUAAUUUUCUGCACCAUAUGUAUCUGUCCAGGCGAAUUUCAGGCACACCCUCGGGACCUGAUUGUUGGCCCUUCCUGGUUGAAAGGAUGGAAAGGGAAUGAGCUACAGAGGUGUAUCAGAAAGCGUCAGAUGGUUGGUUCCAGAAUGUUUUAUCGGGAUAGAGAAGAUCUUAAUAAGCGAAUACGUUUCCUGUACAGAAGAUUUAACCGUUAUGGUAAACAUCGCUGACAUGUACAAAUCCAGAUACAGAGACUCUUAAAUUCCAUUUGCUAAUUUCUCUACGUGUCCUCAAUAAAUGAUUUCAUAUUAA